AUGAUCAAGAACAAUGACACACAGACAGUGUCAGAAGAAGAAGAGGUGCAUGCAUCACCCUCACACAACAAAUUUGCUAAAGUGUUUAGAGAGGAAGAUGAAAUAGGUGUGCUGGAAGGACUUUAUGUUUAUUGGAAAUGCAACGGAGUUAAUCAUGAAUGGAAAAAAUAUCAUGAUUUCAUAAAGGAUGAUCUUCCUCACCACUUUUCAUCCACUCAACUCUCUGAGAAGAUCCGAAGGCUCAGGCUCAAGUUCCAAUCCAAUUCAAGAAAUAAUAAUAUUCAUUUUCGCAAUGCACAUGAAUCUCUCGUGUUUGACUUGUCAAAGAAACUCUGGGAACAAGAAUUUAUCAGCACCUCCACAAACACAACACCACCACCACCACCACCAUCAGAUGUUGGCAGAAAAAUAUGUGAUGGUGAUGCUGAUUGUGAUGCUGAUGAUGGUGAUGGUGAUGCAUCAAAGAAACAAGAAUUUGAUGCUGCUUCUUUUCCACAUAUAUCUGCAUUGUUUGACCGCUUUGGGUUUUCUGCAUCUAAAUACUUAACUGGGGUUAAUAACAAGAAAUUGAAAAAGCUGGAGAAGCAGUCAAGAAAAUUGAUUAUGCAGGAGAAUCAACUCCUUCUUGAAGAGAUGCUUCUUAGAAAGAAACAGUUUUUGGAAAAGAUGGGGAAGAAGGUAUUCAGAGCUGCUGGCUUCAACAAGUUGUUUUUGAUGAACUAA